UCUUCAUCUUCUUCAUCAUCUCGCCGCAACAAGAAAAACAGGUUUUAGGGUUCUUCCGUAAGAGGGUAUACACAUACAUAAUAACAAACUGAUGAAGCUAUCUGGGGAUGAAAGCGCAUUAUCAAAAGACAUGAAUUCAAUGGAGAAGAUAUCAUCGACUUUAAAAAUCAUGGGUACCCAGAGAAACAGCACUUCCAAAAAUAUUCUUAUGCUAAAUCUUGCCUGGGAGGAUCUUGAAGAGCAUUUAGAGUCUUCAAAGAAGGCAUUUGAGGAAGCAGCCCUUGAAUUUCAGGUACGUGAAGAUGAUUUGAAUGCGAUUUGGGAUACUCUUGCAGAACGUGUUGAAGAAGUUGAGGUGUUAAGGAAGGAUUUGGAGACCCGUUGUGAAGAACAAAUCCGUAGGGAGGUAGAAUUUUCUCUCUUACAUGAGGAGGAAAUUGGGUAUUUGAAGAGGAGAGAAGAGCAGAUGGAAAGUAGGUAUGCUGAUAUUAAAAGGGUUGUUGAAGAGAGACUUGAUGAUGCUUAUUUGAAAGAGGAAAGGUUGGGUUUAGAGGUAGACUUUAGGAUGGUUGAGUUAGAUUGUGUACAAGAACUAACGGGAAGAAGAUCUAGAGAAAUAGAUGAGAAGCAGGUUAUUCAUGAAGCCCGGUUUACUGAUUUGGAAACUAUACAAUUCCAAAUAGAUAAACAAUUCGAGGAUUUUCAUGCUACGGAGCAAAAGUAUGAAUUACGAUUGAAUGAAUUGCUGCAGAGGGAAAAGCGCGCCAAAGAACUUGAGAAACUGAAUGGGGAGAAAGAAAAGGCAAUCGAAUUGAAAGAUAAAGAACUUGAUUAUAAGAGAAAGAAUAUUGAUUCUAUUCAAGUGUCUUUUGAUCAAUCUCUUAAGGAAUUCCAUUUGAAAGAGAAGCAAUUUAAGUUGGACAAGGAAGAGUUAGAUCUGCGCUUCAAAGAGCUUGAACUUGAAAGGGAGAAACUUGCUGAGAAGUCAAAAGAAAUCGAACAGACUCGUGAAUCCUUACAACAACAUGCUAAGAUUGUUAAAGAAGAAAGGAUGGAAUUAUUACCAAUCAGUGGUUCAGCUGCAGAUAUUAAUUUAACUGUAACUAUGGAUGGGAAGAAUCUGCAGUUAUUGUUAAAUGAUAAUGCAAACAAUCAAGAUUCUAUGCAUACGGACGUCAUUAAAUUUCUUCGAAUGUCAAGAGACCCUGCUACGGUCAUUCUAGAUGCGAUGAAAGGGUUUUAUCCUCCUCAUUUGACAAUGGGAGAUAAAAGGUUUGAAACUAGUGUGGUGAUGAAGACUUGCGUUCUUCUUUUGCAGCAGUUGAGGAGAAUCUCUCCUCAAAUUGAACUUAUAGUACAGGAAAGGGCACUCCAACUUGCAAAAGAGUGGAUGAAUAAAAUUAGUCAUACAACUCAUGAUUCUUUGGCAGCAUUGGGUUUAUUGAAUCUCUUAGCUUCCUAUGAUUUAGCCUCUUCUUUUGAUCCGAAUGAUGUUAUAAGAUUAUUGGAACUCGUUGCUCAUAACGAUGAAGUUUAUGAACUGUGUGGUGUGCCAUGUUUUGCAGAUAUGAUUCCUGCUUUCGUAAAAAGAUUGAUUGAGAAAACGAAAUAUCUUGUAGCUGUUAGAUUUAUUUGCAAGUUAAAUCUCGUUGACAAGUUUCCACCCGAGCCUCUUCUGAGAAAACAUUUAAAUCUCUGGGAAAAUACUGCAGAUCGUAACGAGGCCUUAAAAGUUAGAAUGACUUCUAUAGAGGAAGUUAGCAAAUGCUGUACGGAGUUCAAACUUCAGUCUUCAUUCCCUCUUAGCGAGCUUAAAAGAAGUUUUGAAAAGCUGUCAGAGAACAAUGAGAUCAGAAAACAAGAUGAUGCCAAUGUGGAAUGCGAUCCUUUGGUUGACACAGAAACGAGUGUUAUGACUAGCAUCCUUGCUAACAUGGAUGCAAAGUAUUUAUUACUAUUUCUAAGUGAACAUUCGAGAGAGCUUGAUAUAUUGCAAAAGGAUGUUUCCAAGGUCUUUAAAAUGUCAUCUGAUUCCGGGAGGAUUAUGAUUGUCGCAAUAAUGGAGGAUUUUCAUGGUCAUAAAAUUCCUAGCUGUUCAAUGAGGACUUAUCUAUUUGUUUUGGAGAUAUUAGCUGGUAAUAUCCCAAUUGAGAUCAUCAAGUGUCCAGUUGUUGUAGAAGCAGCUAUGAAAGUUGCAGAAAAUUGGAAAGCAAAAUUAUCAUGCAGGAAGGAUCCUAUUUACAUAUUGCGGUUUUUGCAACUAGUUUGCACUUAUAAGAUGACAUCUAAAUUUGAUCAAGCCGAGCUUUAUAAUCUUUGUUGCUCUGUCGUAGAUGAAUGUGGUGGAGCUGUGCCGGAUUUAUCUGAAAUCAUUUCCUUGUCAGAAAAGUUUCCUGUCAGUAAGAUCCUUAAUGUUGAUCAGAAAAACACCAACCAAUCUGUAAUACCCACAAAAGCUCCAUGGAAUUCACUUCCACAUGGAACAGUUCCAAAUCUGUUUCGAUUAGCAGUUGAUCCCGCUAGGCUGCUGUUAAACGCGAUGCGGUUUUUAUUUCUCUCAAUUUCGAAGGAUGAUUUGAAAAGUGAUGGAUCCUGCACCAUGGAAAUUUGUAUUCCUCUGCUCAAAGAAUUGCUAAACGUCACAGUUGAUAUUGACAUUGGUAGUAUAAAAUCUGAAGCUUUAAGUUUUGCUCUUAAUUGGAAAGAAAAAUUAGGAUUCCGUAAAAGUGGGGAAGCUUUCUGCUUUCUGCUGUUUCUAUCGAUCUGCAAAUUGGGUUCUUGUGUCCAGGAUGAGGUUAUCCAUCUUCUCAACUUUUGUAAGAAUGAUUUUUCUGGUAAUCUACUUCGCCACUUUGGCCUUGAAGAAAAAAUGAUCGAGUUUAUCCAAAAGCUUUCGGCCCAAAAAGAUCGUCUUUCUGAAGCUAUCAGCUUAAUUUUCGCUUUUCAACUAGUGGACAAGUUUCCACCAGUUACUUUACUUAAGAGUUACCUAGCUUGUGCAGAAGAAGCUGCCAGGAAAAGAUGCUAUCAAACAACUCGAGAAAAAGCUGUAGAGACAGAAAGAGAUGUCCUGCUAACAGUUGUGAGAUGCAUUAAAUUUCAUAAACUUAAAUCGUUGUUCCCUCCUGGUCCCCUUUAUAGACGGUUGAAAGAGUUGGAACCGGUAAAGGCUGUUGCUAAAAAACGUCAUCUACCACCUGAUUCAGGACGGGAAGCUCGUAGGGUCAAGAAAGUUCGCAAUGGCAUUUCAGCAUCACCAUCAGCACCAGCAUCUUCGAGUGCUUCUAUGGGUCCUGUUCCAACACGUAAUCUCCCACUGAAUAAUACAAAGUCUUCUUCUUCUUCUAUGAGGCGGCGACGAUAUGGAGCAGGUGGAUGACACCCUGAGCUGAAUUAAGAUCCGCGGAAAACAAUAGGACCCGGGCCUCUCUAGUCACGCGAAGUCUCGAGGGGACCAAAGGAAACUUCUUACACUUGAUGGAUGGGAGACAAUCUAUUUUUGUCUUCACCUGUUCAUAUUCCACAAGAUCAAGAGUUUACUAAUGUUUUUUUUUGUUUACUAUUACUUUUAACAAAUUUAUGGAUUCACUAGUAUUUUUUUUAAUACCAAAUCCAUUAUGAGAUACUUAACAUAUUAAUAUAUAUAAUACUUUUUGAAAUGUUUAUUAGUGUUUUUUUAUUGUAUUCACAUUUAUAUCUUCUUCAAAAAUGUUUCAAAUUCUUAUUUGUA